AUGAACGGCUCAGGGCGGCUGCCGGCCGGACCCGCGGAGCAGCUGGGCGCGAACGGCAGCGGCCCUGCUGAGCUGAGGGAAGGCACCCACGCCGCCACGCUGGCCGCCUGCACCUCCCUGCUGGCCCUCGUCUUCUGCCUCGGCUCCUACGGCAACCUCAUCGUGCUGCUCUCCUUCUUCGACCCGGCCCUGCGGAAAUUCCGCACCGACUUCGACUUCAUGAUCCUCAACCUCUCCUUCUGCGACCUCUUCAUCUGUGGCGUGGCCGCCCCCAUGUUCGCCUUCGUGCUGUUUUUCGGCACGGCCCGCGGCAUGCCCGGCACCUUCUGCUUCACCUUCCACCUCACCAGCUCCGGCUUCAUCAUAAUGUCACUCAAGACGGUGGCGGUGAUCGCGCUGCACCGGCUGCGCAUGGUGCUGGGCAGGCACCCUCACCGCGCCGCCUCCGCGCCCUGCUCGCUGCUGCUCACGCUGCUUCUCUGGGCCGCCAGCUUCACCCUGGCCACGCUGGUCACGCUGCGCACCCGCGGCUCGCGCAUCUGCCUGCCCAUGGCCAGCCUGUCCAGCGGAGAGGGCAAGCUCAUCCUUUACCUCUACGUCACCGACUUAAUCUGUUGCAUGGCCGUCGUGUCCGUGUCCUACGUGAUGAUCGCCCAGACCCUGAGCAGGAACGCGCGGGCGAGGAAGUCUCCGCCCACGGUGGCCGCAGGUACCCCCAGGGCUCAGCCCUUCGCCGGGCCCGGGGCCGCGCCCACCCUGUACAGGACCCGGACCUGCACCAAGCCGCCCCACGGGCACGCCAAACUCGCCGGCUGGCUCCCGCUGGCCUCGGCCGUCAACCUGGCCACGGCCAAAGACUCCAAGGCGGUGGUGACGUGCGUGGUCAUCGUGCUGUCCGUCCUGGUGUGCUGCCUGCCCCUGGCCAUCUCCUUGGUGCAGGACAUGCUGUCUGACAGUGGUGGCUUUGUGCUCUACCAGUUCGAGCUCUGUGGGUUUACCCUCAUUUUCUUCAAGUCGGGCUUAAAUCCCUUUAUCUAUUCCCGCAACAGCACGGGGCUGCGGAGACGUGUGCUCUGGUGCCUGCAGUACGCGGCCCUGGUCUUCUGCUGCAAGCGCAAGACGAGGCUCCGAGCCAUGGGCAAAGGCAGCCUGGAGGUCAACAGGAACAAGUCGUCCCACCACGAGACCAACUCAGCCUACAUGCUGUCUCCAAAGCCUCAGAAGAAGGGUUUGGAGCAGGCGUGCGGCGCCGGCCACUCCAGGGACAGUAUGCUGAGCCCCAAGGCGUCGGCGGGGCAGCAGCAGCAGCACUAUGGGCAGAGCAGCUCCACGCCGAUGAAUACGCGGGUCGAGCCCUACUACAGCGUGUACAACAGCAGCCCCUCGGCCGAGGUGAGCACUCCGCACAGCCUGCAGCCCGUGGGCUUCGCCUUCGCCAAGCCCUCCGGCCCCGCGCUUCAUCACUCCGGCAGCGCCGGGCGGGACUGCGGCGCUGCCCCCGCCAGGCACAUCCCGCUGCCCUCCGUGUAG